CCAGCGCUCCUGACGCUGUUUAGUGUGACCGCAACUGAAUUUCAGAAGCAAUAUGGCGGCGCCAAUGAGAAAAAAUGCGGCUCUCCUGCGAGGAAUUGCAAAGGAAUUUAGGCACAUUUACGAAAAGUCUGGGGAAGUCAAGGAAAAGCCCAUGUACUCGUUUAUCCUGGACCAGUUCCGAAACCACGAUGUGACAGCUCAGAAAAUAUGUCGCGGUGAUAAAGAGCUGGAGCAUAUGGCCGACACAUAUCUCUGCUACCUCUACAGUAGUCGCAGACACUCAGAAUUGAUCAAGACAUACAAGGGCACAAAGAGGACUACAGAGGAAAGUGCACGGUCGGUUGGACUGACCACCAGUCAUGCUAAAUGGGAAAAGCCGAGUGAGUCCUAGGACCCAGUAUCACUGCUGUGAUGAAACAUGCAUAAAGGCUAGUUACAGGGACUGGAAUGCACAUUAUACACAAUAAUGUGAGGAGAAUUGAACUUGUUUGGAUUCCAUGUUAUGAACUAAAACAUAGUGUGUGCAUUUCCUGCUUCUGUGGACAGUGCAUUCAAGAUGGUUCUUGUCCGUUAUUGUGUGGACAUGUUGUUGAAGGAAAAAACUAUGAUGGACAUAACAAGACACUUAAUUAAUCAAUUAUGUAACAACAACAGUGUGUGAAUGGAUGUGCUGAAUGAUCAUUCAAUAUGUUUGCGAUUGUAGAUUGUGCACCACUUGACAUGUAGGGUACAGCUAAUCAAACUUUAAAUCGUUCUAAUCAAUAUAAUUUAUAUUGUAUGCAUUUGUAACCCAUUAUACAACAAUGUGUACCUCAUGUGCAGAGUAAAUAUUU